ACGCUCGCUAAUAAGAGGCCCAAAAAACUGCCAGCCCAAUUGUCUCCAAACGGGUUCGAAGCGAGUCAGGAUCUAACUCGGGCCCAUACUAUUUUCAUCUCAGUAAGCGAAUCUCGGCGCCUGUUUACAAAAUUCAGAGGAAGAAGAGAAGAGAAUGGCGUGGUUGCUGAGGAGCAUUUUCCAGUCGAUCAAGGAAAAGGGUAUCGGAAAUUUCCUCAAGGAGCUUCGAGAAGACGGAUACUUGAGGUGUCUAGCGGAUGGAAAUCUUCUGCGAGCCAAGAUCUACAGCAAAGGUGGUAUACUUGCUGGUGUGGAUAAAUUUGGUAACAAAUAUUAUGAGAAGCUAGGCGAUACACAAUAUGGUUGGUACAGCUGCUUCAUGCUUUCGUGUGUCUUAAUCAGUUUGCCUUGUACAUCUCACUUGUCGUUAUCUUGUUUAAUACGAGUGCCACUGAAUGUAUCUUCAAGGUUGUGGGUUCCCUUGAGUAUCUCUUAAAAGUUGAGGAUUGUAUCAUUUGGUUGUAUAGUCUUGUGCUCUGAUAUUUUCCCCUUGAGGUGAUCAGAGGAAAGGCUUUAUGUAGCCACAUAUAAGAAUAGUUAUAUUCCCCUUGUUCUAGGUAAAAGAGCAAAUGCCUCUUGCUCUUCAUUCACUGAGUAGUUGUUGCCACCAGUUGCAUUAUCCACAACUAAGAGUUGCUACUUUGCCAAGACUACUUUAUGGUGAGAACUUUGUGUGGUUCAAAUGAUCUGCUUCAGUAUGUGUACUCUACUAAUCUCUCUUGGUAGAGGAUUUUUACUUUACUGGAGGCUUGUUUGUUUCACUGUGUGAAAUAAUAGUUCUGGUCUAGUUAAACAUGCUUUCUAGAUUGGGAAGCUUGACUACAAUUUCAAAUUCUAGAGGUAUGUUAAUCUUUUUCAAGACACUAUCUGGAUAACCUUAAGAGUGAUAGUUUGCAGUAUCAUCGCCCUUAAUUCCCAUG